AAUUAAUAUAGGUCCACGCGUAGCGCAGACAGAAAACUUAGGGGGGUGUAUUCAACUGAGAGUUUCAAGUGAUUUAUAUUAAAAUGACAAAUCCACUAUUAUUCAAACAUGAAUUAAAAAAAAUACUUUAAAAUACAAUGUUAUUGAACUUGUCAUUUCAUAAAACACUCUGAAAUCUACUGUUAUUGAACAAAUUUUAAGUUGGAGAUUUUAGAGUACUUUAAUUAUUUCAAGAGUGUUUGAGGGGAGUUCCUUAGUUAUAAAAAUAAAAAUCUAAAUCUCACUGUUUUAGAUGAGAUUCUAGAGUGUUUUAACAAAAAUCACGCCAAAUUCUUUAAUUCUCCUACAAUCAUUUACAUACUCAUUAAAAAUCAAAUUACUUCAAAUUUCAGAUUCAAUACACCUCCCUUAAUUCUCAAAACAAAUGCUUGUAAUCACGCUUGUGUAAUAAUAACUAGAUUUCUUAUUGGUAAUAGUAAUUUAAAGUUUCAAUAAUAAAUGUUGAGAGAUUAAUUGGAUUAACUUUAAAACUAAAUAUAUCUUAAAAUGCGCAAUUACAUUGUGUUUGGAAUUAAAAAUUAUUAUAUCAAUAUCUUUUAAUGUUUCUGAGAUAUUGCAAUAUACUUAGCUUGUACAUAUGGGAGUAUGUUUUGCAAGGAUUAAAAACUCAAGGUUGUUGCAGUAGCAUAACUAGAAUAAAUAAUUAGUUUAACCUAUAAAUUUUUAAUUAAAAUAUGAUGGCUUAGAAAAUGCUUCCAUAUAAGUUACUUAAAUUAGAGAAUUGAUUUUAAGAUCAUUAAUACUGUUAACAUAAACAUUGAAGACAAGGAAGAACAAUGUUUUGCCGAGAACUAUAUAUAAAUAUAUGUGUAGAGCUCUCAUCUCCUCAAACAUUUCAUUUUCUAAAAGCAUUCAUAGUUAUAAAGUUAAAGUGUUACAAGUCUAGUAAAAUGGAUCCCGAUAUGAUGACAAAAAGAGUGUUAACAGACACCGAUCUUUCCACACAAGGUUGGUUGAUUUUACCAACACAGAAGAUCGAAAACAUAGAAAAGAACCUGGGAUUUACGUUACCCCGAAAUGGUGCUCAAGUGGAAAUUCUGGACAAUGACAAGUCCUAUUGGGUAAACCUUAAUAAAAACAAAGCUGGUUAUUAUAUCGGACAAGGGUGGAAAAGUUUGAGAGAUGAAAGAGAUCUCAAAACAGGCGAUGUCAUCCAAUUAUAUUGGAAAGAUACAAAAUUCAUUUUCUCUAUGUGGUGAGUCUACUUUUGUUUAUAUAUACGUAUAGUUUUUUUUUUUGAAUGUGAAAAUUAUAUUUUCUCUAUGUGGUGCGUCUUCUUUUGUUUAAUUUUUUUUUUUUGCGUUUUCAAAAAACUAUCUCUCAUUGGUUAUACAUU